CUGCUCUUCACCGUGGGCUUCAUCGUCGUGUCCUUCCCCUGCGGCUGGGGCUACAUCCUGCUCAACGUGGCCGCCGGCUACCUCUACGGCUUCGUGCUGGGCAUGGGGCUGAUGGUGCUCGGCGUCCUCGUCGGCACCUUUGUCGCCCACGUGGCCUGCAAGCGGCUGCUGGCCCGCUGGGCGCGGGCCAGGAUCCAGGGCAGCGACACGCUCAGCGCCAUCGUCCGCGUCGUGGAGGGCGGCGGCGGCCUCAAGGUGGUGGCUUUGGCGCGGCUGACGCCGAUCCCCUUCGGGCUGCAGAACGCCGUCUUCGCGAUUACAGAUUUGUCCCUACCUAACUACCUGAUGGCUUCUUCAGUUGGGCUGCUUCCCACUCAGCUCCUGAACUCGUACUUGGGCACUACCUUGCGCACCAUGGAGGAUGUGAUUGCAGAACAAAGUGUUAGUGGCUAUUUUAUAUUCAGUUUACAGAUUGUCAUAAGCAUAGGACUCAUGUUUUAUGUUGUUCAUCGAGCUCAAGUGGAACUGAAUGCAGCUAUUGUAGCAUGUGAAAUGGAAAUGAAGACAUCGCUUGUUAAAGACAGUCAACCAAGCAUUGGUGGUUCAACCACAUACUGCAACAAAAGGACAGUAACAUUCUCUGGAGGAGGGGUCAAUAUUGUGUGAUUUCAAGUAUUAAUAAAGUAAGGUUUUAUGAACCUAAGCUAUUGCCUAGAAAUAUCUAUGGACAAUUCAACUAGCUCUAAAAAAAAUUACAAGUGGUUACAGGUUGUACUGUGGCACAAACCAACUGACCAGCUCUUCAAUUGCACAUGGGGUGACUUCUAGCAAGAAAAGAAAGAUGGUGAAGUAACUUAAGAUGUAAAUGCAAAUUUAGCUGCACCUUUGGUCAUUUAUUAUGCCUGUCAUGGCCUGUAGUCUGCACUUUAGGUUUUUUUCUUUUGCUCCUAUAAACUAAGAAAUGCUUCUCUAAACUGAGAAAAGUAGCACAGAGGUAAAUAUUUUUCUGCUUAGUGUUAUUUAUAAGGCUGAAUAAUUAUAUGCAGUAGAAUUUUAUUACUGAUAAAGAUGAAUGAGAAAGUAUGCAAUUCAAUGUAUGUUAUUCUUGAAUGUGCUUUUACUUUGGAAUUGCUUCCAGAACUUGGAGUGUAUUAUUUAGCUGAUGAUGGGACCAUUUGGCUUUUCCUUCAUUUUUGAUUUUUAAAAAAGAGAACCUUAUAUAAAGCUUUGGUUGAAUGUAUUUUUGUAAGUCAUUAAAAAUGUUGCAGAGCCAUGCAUAAGUAUUCACACAAGCUUAAAUCCUACAUUGUGGGACUGAAGUGCUCUUAAAUAACAUUUUAAGUUACACUGUGUAAUAUGCAAAGUAAAAGGGAAAAUACAGAAGUUAUAAUAGAUUGCAGUGACUAUUCAAAGGAGACUUCAUGACUUAAUUGUUGCAUUGGUUUUACCACCUUGGUGAUUGUAACAAAGGGCUGUUCCAUGUUAGUCCUAUUUAUAAUAUUUUUAAUUGUUAAAAGGAUGGAGGUUUUCAGCUUACAUGACUGUGUGUAAUAAGGCUUCCAGAACAGGGAGCUGAUUCUCUCCUUUAAACAAAAUAAUAGGAUACUGGCGGUACUGAUCUUACAUGAAGGUGGCCUUUGUUUUGUAAGUGAAUUCCCCCCUCCCUUUAAAAAGCUUUAAAAAUUCACUUUGGUUGACAUGUGUUUUUUUUUCUAAAAGUUUUACAUUUUUUAGAAGAUGCAAUCUAUUACAAAUUUCAUCAGAGUGAAGAUAUGAAAACUAGAGGUUCUCCUUAGAAAAUAACUAAUCCAGUAAUGGAGGAGGACAGUAAUGUCCCUGAGACUCAGGAAUUCUGACUCCAUUUUUGCAAGACAACACUGUAUUGGAUAGUGCUCCUUUUGCGUGUGCUGUGGACUGUUUUUCACUGCAUUUGAAUAGACCGAAUGACCUGAUAAUAACUUGUGUGUGUGUAAAAGGAAAAUGACAAUAAUGCCUGAACAUGAUGUCUUGUGGGUGUGAGUUUCAUGUAGAUAUAUGUACCAAUGUUCAAUUGCUCAAACACACGCAAGUCAUCGGAUACAAAAAUAAUGUAAUGUAUUGCUUAUUUUGUAGUUAUUUUGUCUAAGUUUUUAAGGAUGCUUUCAGUCUUCAAAAUUUUGUUAUUUUCUAAUAGUAUGACUGUGCUUCCUUUUUAUAAGGCUGUUUGCUGGGUUCAAGCAUAUUUGUGUUGUUGAGAACAGCAGUUCUUCAAGGUUGCUGGGAAGCAGAGAUUUGAUAGCCUCUAACAGUCUUACUGUGAGGAUGUAUAAUACUCACAUAACUUGACAUCUACUCAUUCCUUGGUAGUGGAAAGUUCAAUUUUGUUCUUUAAAUAUGUAUCUUUUGCAGACUGCUGUUCUUGGGUCUUGUGACCUAAGGAACUAAACUAGUUAAAUGAAACAACAAAGUUCAGAUUGUCGUCUUCUUGUUGUUUUGGGGUUUGGGGUUUUUGGUUGUGGUUUUUUUUUUUUGAUUGGUUGGUUUGUUUUUGAAAAGGCAAUCUGUAUAUACCUGGAAGUGUUCAUUUACACAUCUCUGCCUCUGACAGCUCCUGCGUGAAAACAAGAGAGCCAGAUAACUUUUUGAUGGCGUUAUUUGUCAUCAUAGUAUAAUUGAGCCCUUUCUUAACUGAAGGUUUUUUAUUUUUUUUGUUUCUUGGAAAGAACAAUCCUUCAAUAAAUGAACUGAUCUGAACUUUGGUCCAUCUUGCCAAAUCAACAAUAGUGUUUUGAAGAAGGCAUCUCUUUCUUCGCAUUUUUAAACUAACUUAAGGUUGUGUUGAUUAUUUGAGAACAUUUCCCAAAUAUGUAUUUUGAAGUGCUUUUAUUUCCAUGACAUUUUGUAACCAGAGUAACUUCACUAUGUGAACACUUUUGUAGUAUGGGAUUAGUUCUUAAGACUUUUGCAUUUUGCUUGAUACUUGUAAUAUUUGUGUACAAGUUAAUGGGAAAUGUGCAUUAAAAGGAACUUUUCUGUACCAUGCCAAUCAUAAUUUUAUACAAUAAAUUCACUCAAAUUUC